UAUUUUGUAUAACCCUAAAGACCUUGUAGGAAGGUAACAGUUCUGUGUUGUCAGUCACUCACUCAAUAUUCUGCUUGGAUAAAGAGUCUUACUCUGAAUGUGGGUGCUUGCCUUAGCUAAGAUUAAUGGUCAUUGGGGUACAUAAAUGGAAAUAUUUAUGGAAAUGUGUUAUGUAUUUUGAUAUGAGCUUUUGACUGAAUGUGUUUGAUCCCAAAAGAUGAAAAUGCAAAGAAGAAAUCCCGUGUGGAAGUGAGAAGGCCACCCCCCCUGGACAUACAAAGUUACACGUUCCAUCGAAAGCUAGGAGAAGGCACCGGUGGAAAGGUGAUGUUGGCAUCAUUUGCACCAAAAAAACAACUCGUGGCAAUAAAGAUAGUCCAGAAAAAACCAAACAAGUGCAACUAUCCGUGGAUCAUGAUGGAGGCCCAGCUCUCGAAGUUCGCCAGAGAAUGCCCCUUCCUGUGUCACUCACAUGCCACAUUCCAGUCCAAGGCUCAAGCCUUCUUCGUGCUGGAGUAUGCCGGUGGGGGUACGCUGUACAGGAUGAUUUCCCGUCAAAAAACAUUACCGACGAAGAGCAUCCAGUUCUACUCUGCAGAGAUGGUGGUUGCGCUACAGUUUCUGCACUACAAUGGCAUCAUCCAUCGUGAUCUCAAGCCUGACAACAUCUUGGUGGAUAACGACGGACACAUCAAGAUCUGCGACUUCGGCAUCGCUGCUGUAGGAAUGUUCGCCGGAUGGAAGAUCAGGGGAUUGGCCGGAACACCUGGAUACCGUGCGCCAGAGAUGUUGUCAUUGGAGGCGUAUGACGCCGGAGUGGACUGGUGGUCGCUUGGUGUCAUCAUGUAUGAAAUGGCCACUGGCAGGCUGCCAUUUGUCCCAUCGCUUGAUCCUGCUAGGGAGUUUGUUGAUAUGAAACAGACGAAGGUUGAUUAUCCAAGUCACAUGAGCCAGGAAAUGCUGGACCUUCUGCCAAAGCUUCUGGAGAUGGACAAUAACAACCGUUUAGGACUAAAUGGGAACAUCAGGGAACAUCAAUUCUAUGCCGGAAUCAACUGGAGUGAGGUGGAAAGGAGAACAACUCGGACACCUUUCAAGCCCAAAAUUCCACCAGCAGAUAAAUUAAAAGAAAUUAAACCGGGAUUCUGCACCGAGACCUCCGAGGAAAAUAAGCUAGAAGACUUCUCCAAUGUGGAUUCCAACUGGAAUUGGCAGGAGUAAAGCAUUUUCUGUGCUCAUGGGGACUAACAGCAAACUCCCUGUGCAACAAGUGAUCAGGGCAACAUACCAUCCAUGGCAAAUUCCAUCUGUGGACAUCAGAUCUGCCAUCAGCUGCAAGUGUUUGCCUGUAUAGCCAACUACAUCAGCACCACACGGGAUCCUAGAUAAAAAGAAGAGGCAACUUGAAGAAGAAGACAUCGUGGGAGGCCAGAAGAGCUGCGAGCUGGAUUCUCUAAAUGGAUUUUGGACAAAGUCCCACAGACCCUUGGAUAAGGGUCAACAUCUAUACUGAACAUACAGUGCACUUAUGGUAAGCCAGUGCACUGUUAAUUAACAGCGUUCAGUAUUUUUCAAUUUCUUUAUAUAGGGUAAGGUUAGUUGGGGUAAGUGGGGUAAGUAUUCUAAGGUAAGAAUCUUUCUUUUCUAUCUCCUCUCCCAUUCUGUUACCAUAGAUAGGAUAAGUUAUAUUAUAGGAUUAUUUCUUAUCUUCUCUCCAAUUCUUAUUUUCUUCUCUAAUUCUUUCUCUAACCUUCCUUUUCACCUUUAAUAUAAGU